AAUAGCUGUUCGACCAAAUACCUUCAACCAAUUUGUAAUGGCAGGCAAGCUAACACAACAGUACAUCGUAGAUGCAUACAGUGUUCAGAGCAAAUUAAAGGAAUUAAUAGAAGAUAUUGAUAAACGACAUAUUAUGGGAGUUUAUGUUGCUUACGUUUACGUAAUAGAAUUUCAGAAAAGAGGACUUCCGCAUGCGCAUAUGUUGAUUUGGUUAGAAGAAUCAGACAAAAUAUUGGACCCUGCAGCAAUCGACCGUUUAAUUUCAGCAGAAUUUCCCGACCCUAUCGCGCAUGCCAACUUGCACGAAUUGGUCAAAGUACAUAUGCUUCAUGGACCUUGUACCAGUGCUCGAUGCUUAGAUGAAGAAGGACAUUGCAGCAAACAAUUCCCGAAAUCUUUGCGUGAAGAUACCUUAUACAAUCCCUCUGGAUAUCCGUUAUAUAAAAGACGGCCAAUAGAAACACCUAUACAUAUAGGUCGAAGAACGGUAGAUAAUAGUUGGGUUGUACCAUAUAACGCUUAUCUACUUGAAAAAUACGAAGCUCACAUUAACGUGGAGGCUUGCUCUUCAAUGAAAAGCGUAAAAUAUUUACUUAAAUAUAUACAAAGGAUUUGA